CUCAAAUUUUCAAGAGUAUGUCUGUUUUUAAACGGUUGGUCGAAGUUGGUCGAGUUGUUUUCAUCAAUUAUGGCGAGCAUAAAGGAAAGCUUGCCGUUAUCGUGGAUAUAGUGGACCACAAUAGGGCUCUCAUCGAUGGCCCGUUAGAUGAUGUGCCUCGACAGUCUCUAGCAUUUAGACGUUUGGUAUUAACCGAUAUUGUGCUUCCAAAAUUACCAAGAGGAGCCGGUUCGGCAGUCAUUAAGAAACUCUGUGAGAAGGAAGAUCUUCAUGGCAAAUGGCAGCAAACUGCAUGGGCUAAGAAACUAAAAGUUCGUGCAACAAGAGCUGCUCUGACCGAUUUCGAACGAUUCAAGUUAAUGAAACUGAAAAAGCAGGCGAGUAUGAAAGAGAGACCCAUGGUUAUGACAUAUGAUGGUAGCAAGUUUACGGUAAAGCGAACGUCGAGUCUGAUUUGA